AGUCGUAUUCGGACUGUUGUACCGUGAGGUCGUUCCCGUCUUUUUAUACCGCGGAGUGCAAUAAAACUAAGUAAGCAGUGCGUGUUUUAAAGUUCUACUCGCAUGCUCGGCAAUUAAAAGUGAAAAAGUGGGAGUGCGCCCACAAGGUCACCAACAGCAGUCGUUUCCCUUAGAGCCAAAUAUCUGGUAGUAGUUAAAGUGAAUUGCAAUCAAACGAACUAAACAAACACUCGGAUAUUAUAUUAUGUGAAAAUUCCUAAUUGCCAAACACCUGAAAUUCAUCGCGUAUACCCUUCGAUUGUUUACGCAAUACCCAGCCAACAAAAUUUUGCGGAGACCGACAUAAUAACCAUUAAAGCAAUUACAACAAUUAUAAACAACAAUAUCGAAAUGAGCAAUACAAAACGCAUGAACUUGAAAAACAAAUUUAAGCAUGCUUGAUCCAAUAUUCAGGAGCCCCCAGAGCAACAGCACCAACAACAGCAGCAUCCGCAUUUUCCCUCAUUCAGCAUCAAGUAUACGGAGAGACAAGUAUUUCUGCUCCAGCGUUUUCCAUCUGGCCGCGUUUUCCGACUCUACUAAGUGUUUUCCCAGACCAUCAUCAACUAUUCCGCCCCGAUCCGCCGCCUUCGUCAAGUCGAGCCACACAUGUUGGGUAAAUUCACAUCGAACCAUGUCCAGGUCUACCAUCAGUACUCGCGACCUGUGCCCGUAAAGAAGCCUGUCAAGGCCAAGAAGCCUCACUCGCAGGCGGAAAUCAAUUGAAGCGGAUACCACCCACCGUCGUCCAUAGUCCGACGUCCACCACCCACCACCCAAUUUUCCCACUCCUGUUUUCAGUUGUUUAUGUGUGCGUGUGCGUGCGUCCACUGUGGACGAUGUUGAAACAGAAGCGUUUGGCGAAGCAGAAACCCAAAGCGAAACCGAUACCAUGGGGACUGAAAAAAAUCUGUUGGGGUCUGAUAAAUAUAACCGUGCCCAGGCACCAGCCGCGUAGUUGGAUCGAGACAAAUUUCCAGAAGCGCGAGUGCAUCAAAUUCAUACCAUGCCCAAAGGACGAUACAAAAUGCUGCUGUGGCCAGGCCCAGAUCACGCAUCAGACGAUACCUGGCAUCGAGAGUGGGUCGCCCGGAGACCUCUGGCUGCCCACCAAGCACACCCGCCCACAGCCCACAGAUGCCUAUGGAACCAUCGAGUUCCAGGGCGGCGCUCAUCCCACAAAGGCACAGUACGUUCGCCUGUCGUUCGACACGCGGCCGGAACUACUGGUGCAGCUAUUCACCAAGGAAUGGAAUCUGGAAUUGCCAAAACUUUUGAUCACCGUGCAGGGCGGCAAGGCCAACUUUGAUUUGCAGGCCAAGCUGAAAAAGGAGAUACGCAAAGGACUGCUGAAGGCGGCGAAGACCACUGGAGCCUGGAUAUUCACCGGCGGCACCAACACCGGCGUCACCAAGCAAGUGGGCGAUGCCCUGCUCCUGGAGGGUCAGCAGCGGACAGGACGAGUGGUCAGCAUCGGCAUCGCUCCCUGGGGCAUCGUGGAGCGCAAUCACGAGCUGCUGGGCCACAACCGCGAAGUGCCCUGCCACAGCAUUAGUUCGCCCAGAUCCAAAUUGGCCGUGCUGAACAAUCGGCAUGCGUACUUUCUGCUGGUCGACAAUGGCACCCAGGCCAAGUAUGGCGCCGAAUUGAUCCUGCGGCGCAAACUGGAGAAAUUCAUAUCCAACCUGAAGCUUCAUCCAUCAAAGAAUCACUGGCUAAAAACAAACGUCACACAUUCCAGUACGCCCGUCGUCUGCCUGGUGAUCGAGGGCGGCACCAACACGAUACGUGCGGUGCUCGAGUACGUGACGGAUUCGCCGCCGGUUCCGGUGGUCGUAUGUGACGGAUCCGGGCGUGCCGCCGACCUGCUGGCCUUUGUCCACAAAUAUGCUUCGGAUGGCGAGGAGCAGCCGGUACUGGAGUCCAUGCGGGACUAUCUCAUCGGGACCAUACAGAAGACCUUUGAAGUGGGACUGGACCAAUCCGAGAAGCUCUACCAGGAGUUGCUGCAGUGCACACGGAACAAGAAUCUGAUUACCGUCUUUCGCAUACAGGAAAAGCCCGAGGGCGAGGCGCAGGAACUGGAUCAGACCAUCCUAACGGCCCUCUUCAAGUCACAGCAUCUAAGUCCGCCGGAGCAAUUGAGUCUCGCCCUGACGUGGAAUCGGGUGGACAUAGCGCGCAGUGAGAUAUUCGUCUACGGGCAGGAAUGGCCAAAUGGCGCCCUGGACGAGGCCAUGAUGCAGGCGCUGGAGCACGAUAGAAUCGAUUUUGUCAAAUUACUCCUGGAGAAUGGCGUUUCGAUGAAGAAAUUUUUGACAAUACCGCGCCUCGAGGAGCUCUACAAUACCAAACACGGUCCGGCCAACACGCUGGGCUACAUCCUGCGCGAUGUCCGACCGCACAUACCCAAGGGCUACAUUUACACGCUCCACGACAUCGGCUUGGUGAUCAAUAAACUAAUGGGCGGCGCAUAUCGAUCCUAUUACACGCGCCGCAAAUUCCGACCCAUCUACGCCAAGGUUAUGAACAGCUAUGCAAAUGCCUGCCGCAAGUCGUCGACCUACCAAUACCAGCGAUAUGCCGGAGCCAAUUCACUGAGCCUGGUCACCGGUCUGCUGCCCUUCACCUCGGAAAUGGCCCUCUUCGAGUUUCCCUUCAACGAGUUGCUGAUUUGGGCCGUGCUGACCAAGCGACAGCAGAUGGCGCUGCUGAUGUGGACACAUGGCGAGGAGGCAUUGGCCAAAUCACUCGUAUCCUGCAAACUGUACAAGGCCAUGGCACACGAAGCGGCCGAGGACGACUUGGACACGGAAAUCUACGAGGAGUUACGCUCCUACGCCAAGGAGUUCGAGAGCAAAGGCAACAAGCUGCUGGACUUUAGUUACCGUCAGGAUGCGGAGAAGGCGCAAAGACUGCUAACCUGUGAGCUACACUCCUGGUCAAAUCAGAGUUGCCUUUCUCUGGCUGUGGCGGCCAACCAUCGUGCCCUCCUCGCUCAUCCCUGUAGUCAGGUUAUCCUGGCGGAUCUGUGGAUGGGUGGACUGCGAACCCGCAAGAAUACCAACUUCAAGGUCAUUUUGGGUUUGGCGAUGCCAUUCUACAUCAGGCAGCUUGACUUCAAGUCGAAGGAGGAGUUGCAACAGAUGCCGCAGACUGAGGAAGAGCAUCUGGAAAACCAGAACCUGGACAAUGAUGACUCGGAUCGUUCGCAGCCGGAUGCCGAGAGCGCCCUUUUAAAAGCCAAAAGAUCCAUUUCCUUGAGAUAUAGGAUGGGCGCGGGUGCUAAUAAUCGCGACAAGGCUCUAUUGGCGGAUACUUACUCAGUGCGCGAUACAAAAGUACACGAAAAUGGCAAAGUCUCACUCACCGACUCAGAUACCGCCCAAUUCAGAGAGUUCUUCAAUCUUUCCGAGUACAAUGAGGUGAAACAGCACCAGCCGCUGCGUCUGAAAAAGAAGUUCUACGAGUUUUACACGGCACCCAUAACCAAGUUCUGGGCGGAUUCGAUUGCCUAUAUGUUCUUUCUUAUAAUGUUCUCUUUCACUGUGCUGGUGAAGAUGGAACAGAUGCCGCGGUGGCAGGAGUGGUAUUCAAUAGCAUAUAUCACAACGCUGGGCUUCGAAAAGGUGCGCGAAAUAAUAUCCUCCGAACCGGUGGCCAUUACGCAUAAAUUCUCGGUGUGGGCGUGGAAUAUGUGGAAUCCGUGCGACGGAGCCGCCAUUAUACUCUUUGUCAUCGGUUUGGCAUUUCGAUUCCGGGAGAAUACGAUGGACAUUGGACGAGUCAUUUACUGUGUGGACAGCAUAUACUGGUACCUGCGUAUCCUGAACAUCCUUGGCGUGAAUAAAUACCUGGGACCUCUGGUCACUAUGAUGGGCAAAAUGGUGAAAAACAUGAUAUACUUUGUGGUUCUCUUGGCUGUCGUUUUGAUGAGUUUUGGUGUCAGCAGACAAGCGAUUCUCUACCCCAACAAACAGCCGACGUGGAGUCUCAUCAAGGAGGUUAUUGCCGGCUCAAUAACGGCGCCCGGAUUUUUAGGUGCCCUGGGGCACAAUACCCGUUCCAGCUAUCAUCGUGGUUAUCAUACAAUGGGUGCUCCACCGGUGACCACCACUGCAGCCAGCACCACCACCGGUUCCAGCUCCACAGUUCCGGCGGCCACGACAUCUACAACUGCGCCCAUCCACAAUGAGCAUUCGAAUUUGACGAGCGGCAACUUGACAAAUGUCACCUUCCAGCCCUACUUCAUGCUGUACGGAGAGGUGUUCGCCGGCGAUAUCGACCCUCCCUGCGGCGAGGAUCCCAGCCAGCCGGGCUGCGUCACUGGCCAUUGGGUAACGCCGAUAACCAUGUCCAUGUACCUCUUGAUUGCCAAUAUUCUGCUGAUAAAUCUGCUCAUCGCUGUGUUCAACAAUAUCUUCAACGAGGUCAACUCGGUUUCGCAUCAGGUGUGGAUGUUCCAGCGGUUUACCGUAGUGAUGGAGUACCAGCAGAAGCCUGUCCUGCCGCCGCCUUUCAUCGCGCUGUGCCACUUCUACUCCCUGCUCAAGUACUGUGUGCGGAAGGCGAAAGGAUUGGAGGUGCAGCGGGACAAUGGUCUCAAACUGUUCCUGGAGAAGGACGACCUGGAACGGCUGUACGACUUUGAGGAGGAGUGCGUCGAGGGAUUCUUCCACGAACAGGAAAUCAUCCUCAAUCAGUCGACGGACGAGCGGGUUAAAAACACCACAGAGCGAGUGGAGACCAUGUCUCAGAAAAUCGAGGACAUCAAUCAGAAGGAAAACAUACAAACGGCCACCGUUCAGAACAUCGAGUUCCGAUUGCGAAAGAUGGAGGAAUCCUCGGAGCAGAUACUCUCACAUUUGGCCGUCAUACAUCGUUUCAUGUCGACACACACGGCUGGUGCGGAUGAUUUGCGCGGUUCGACGAUAAACAUUCCGGGAGAGAUGCAGCGCAUGCGCACCAUCUCGAUUUCGGACACCGAGGGCGGCAGCGGACCAGGCGGAAAUGGAGGAGGCGGUGGUGGUGGUGGAGCCAUCGUUCCACUUGGUCUGGGUGCUGGUCUGAAUUUGAAUUCGCUCCAGGUCACAACCCGGCGCCGCUUUAAUCGUUCGCUUACCGAGGUCCGGCCUGAUGCCUACAUCUUCGACGAGGGCACGCACUUUGAGGUGGUACCUCUGCCGGAGGAACCGGACGAAGUGGUCAAGUCCCGUGAGGCCCUCAACGAGCAGGUGGUCCGCAAGGCGUCGAUGCAGUCGGAGGCAGACUCGGACAUCUACAUUCCCGUGUCGCAGCGUCCAUCGACUUGUGAGACGGUGAAGCGGACUCCGUACGUGACGGUGCGCCAGGAUACGGGUGCCAGCACGGAGAGCAAGGACACCCUUACGCCCAUGGGCAACAACGAUGACGACCAGACGCUCGUGGGAGGCGACAACUCAGAUGACGCGACGCCUGACAUCAACUUUGAGGCUGCCAGACAUCGAGCACUGCGACAGCGCACGGUAUCUCUAUGCCGCCGCAACUCGGAAACGUACUCCUUAACCGGGGCGGACAUAAACCGGUCACACAUCAGCCUCAACCAGCUUGCCUCGUUGUCCCGCCGCCAGAUGAGCCUCACGCAAUCCGAACCGGACAGCGACAAAGAUGCGCCAAUAGCCCAGGGUUCUGCACAUCCGGGUAAAUCAGUAUUGCAUGCGAAACCCUCCAGAAAUAUCUUGCUGAAACUGCACAGCGAGUACACUUCGAUUACGGACGAGCUGGAGAGCGUCUGCCACAUGAUAGCAUCGCCUACGGUAUCCCUGCCAAGUAAUAAAGCAUCUUUGGACCGCCCCAAAACCGAAAUGUCGCGGGCUGAGGCUGCGGCCUUGCUGGAAAAGAAGCAUCUAAAGGAGUGCGAAGAGAACGACUAUAUGAUUCUGGAGGGACUGAUCGAGUCCCGCGGCUCAAUCGAUGCCAGCGCCCAGGGAUUCGAGAUUGGUGUAUCCAUAGACUACAGCCAUCGCUACCCGCUGCGCCGAGAGACCGCCGUGGAGCUGUCACCUUCGAAGCCUUCGGUAGAUGGUGACCUGAUGGGCGGUGGGGAAGGUGGCGGCGCCGGCGGAGGCGAUAGUAGCGAUACCAGCGGGGCCGGUAGCUGCGGUGCCAUGGUCGGUAUCUCAAGUGGCUUCCAGUUAAAGAACGAGCGUCCCUGGCAGCGUAACUCCUCGAUGGAGCAGCAAACGUAUCCCUCACCGUUGGUGCCAACACGGGCCACCAGUGACUUCCUCAAUCCGCCGUAUGAGGGCCGGCUGUUCAAGAAGUCCAGUGAGAGCCUACAGAAAAACUCAAGCACGGAGACGGACUACUCGGCGCAUCCGUACCGAUUCAUUAAGCAGAGCUCCAACGAGACGAACACUUCACUGACGGGCUCUUAUAAUGUGGACACUCCCUCGCUGACGGCGGAGCCCUCGUUGGACGCUGGCGACUCGCAUUCGGCGACGGGAAUAAGCAUCAGCGUUGGCGCUGUGGGCGGCACUGCCACGGCGCGUUACCAGCCCAUCCGUACCGCCUCGGUAGGCGCUGCCGAUGGUAGGCGUUUGCGGGAGGAGAGCUCUAGUUCGCUGGAUCUUAGCUCCUCGGGGCCAGUGACGAUGCAGGCAGCGCCGGCACCGCCAGUGCGUCCGAUGCUGCUAAAGAAACAGUUUAGCGUGGACCAGGGUAAGCCGUCUCAGACGGCCGCCGAGGCAGUGCCUCAGACACCGGAGGCGGCCCAGGCUGGUCAGGCCAAACUGAUUUCCACGCUCAAGCCGCAGCCCUUUGCGAGCAAGUUGGGCAUGAAUGUGCUGAAGGAGAGCAGCUCUAGCACGGAUGAGUCCGUCGGUUCGUCAGCCAAAAGUAGCAACCCGGCGCUAUCCAUACCCCAGAUCAGCACCCACCUGGUGCAGGACGAGAUCGCCAAACUAUCGUCGAACAUCAAGAGCAGCACCGAAUCGGAAAAGGAUCCGCCGUUUAACGAGACAAUGUGUUAGCAAAGUGGAAGGCCGACGAAAAUGGAUCGUGUGUGUCCCACACUGUGCUCAAUGGGAAAACUAGUCAUAAGAGUGGGGUGAUAAAUAAGUUGUUGAACUAGCGUUGGGAUCUAGGAAACAUAUAUCAGAGAUUAUGCAUAUUUAUUCGAGGGGUUGGCAGUUAAGUACGUGUUAAUGAUUUUGACAAUACAUAGUUCACAAAUUCUCUGUAUUUUUAUACAAGUAUUUAUUUAGAAAGCCUCAUUGUUGUUGUACACUAUUAAGGCAGAAGCAUAGAAUAUGUGUUUUUGUUUAAUGUCAAUACCACCAAAAAUAUGCAUAUUGAAGCGCCUGAGUUAUGCGAUGCACAUAUUCACAUACUCGGUACUUUUACAAACUCCUAGAUGUAGUCAGCCAUACAUAUUGCAACGUUGCAAGCAACUUUCACACAGACAUAUCUUAAAGCAACCACUCUACUUUAUCCAAUCCUAUAAUGAGCACUUACCUCAGCUCAAUUAGAAACCUAUCGCAGCUCAAUGUACUUUAUGCCUGUCCCUGUCGGAGUUCCGUAUUGUAGUCUACGAGGUUCACUACGAUAUAAGCUUCUUGGCAAUGUGUGUAUUAUUAUAUGUGUAUAACGUCUUCUUAGAUAGUGAAUUUUACUUGCUUAUAAGGGGGAAAUUCGUGUGCAACUGUCUUUUUCGGCGGCAUAGAUAUUAGUGUACAUAAAUAGACUAAAUGUUAUAGGUAUGUUUAAAGAUUGCUAAAAUUGUUCAUGUUUGGCCAAUGUGUGCUAGUAACUUAAAUUAGAUUUUUAAAUAUUUUCAAGGAUUAAGAAUAACAAUGCAUUUUAAUAAAAUAUUUAUGAUUGUACUUAUUUAUGUUAAGAAUUGUACGUUAUUUUUAUUGAAAUAAAUUAUUAACACUUUAAAAUUU